GCGUGGCGGCUUUACGCAGGGAGGAUGGGGCGGGUAUAAAAGCCCCACCCAGCCCAGCCGGGCCGCUCGGCUUCUGGGGAGGCUUUCAGCGCUAGGCGCCCGGCCCAGCUUCUUUUUCAAAAUGUCUACUGUCCACGAAAUCCUGUGCAAGCUCAGCUUGGAGGGCGAUCACUCCACACCCCCAAGUGCCUAUGGGUCAGUCAAACCCUACACCAACUUUGAUGCUGAGAGGGACGCUCUGAACAUCGAGACGGCUGUCAAGACCAAAGGAGUGGAUGAGGUCACCAUUGUCAACAUUCUGACUAACCGCAGCAAUGCACAGAGACAGGACAUUGCCUUCGCCUAUCAGAGAAGGACCAAAAAGGAGCUUCCGUCAGCGCUGAAGUCAGCCUUAUCUGGCCACCUGGAGUCGGUGAUUUUGGGCCUAUUGAAGACACCUGCCCAAUACGACGCUUCUGAACUGAAGGCCUCCAUGAAGGGCCUGGGGACUGAUGAAGACUCCCUCAUCGAGAUCAUCUGCUCCAGAACCAACCAGGAGCUGCAGGAGAUUAACAGAGUGUACAAGGAAAUGUACAAGACCGAUCUGGAGAAGGAUAUCAUUUCUGACACAUCUGGUGACUUCCGAAAGCUGAUGGUCGCCCUUGCAAAGGGCCGAAGAGCAGAGGAUGGUUCGGUCAUUGACUACGAACUGAUUGACCAGGAUGCCCGGGAGCUCUAUGAUGCUGGGGUGAAAAGGAAAGGAACCGACGUUCCCAAGUGGAUCAGCAUCAUGACUGAGCGCAGUGUGUGCCACCUCCAGAAAG